AUGCCAGUACAUAAUAAGAGAGCGAGAAAAUGCUCAGCUUAUGCUUCGAUAGAAACCAUGAGUAUCUCCGCCUUGAGGAAGAAAAUACGUGACAGUGAGCGAACUCUGAGAAUGAAAAAGAUACAUUCAGCUAAAGGCCAAGUAAGCUUAGAGCGUCAACUCAAAGCUUUGAAAUUAAUGCUUACUGAGAGAACCAUAGAGUCAAAAGAGAAGAAAAUGAUUUCCAAAUACCGAAUGGUUAAACAUUUUGACAGAAAGAAAGUUGAACGUGCAAUAAAAAAGGCAGAAAAGCAGGUUACAGAGGCGCAGACUCCGCAAGAGAAAGAACGUUUCAAACAGGAAUUAUAUGAAUUACAGAUAGAUUAUAAUUAUAUAAUGGGUCGUAAAUAUAUGGCACUUUAUCCCAAGGCAGACGCUGAUGAUCCUAAAAUGAUCUCUAGGAGAAACGAAAUUAGGGAACUUAUCAGAGAAGCAAUGGAAAAUAAUGAUUUGGAUUCCUUAAAUAAACGCUUUAGGGAGGAAACUAAAGUGAAAAUUAUCAAAAGUGAGGAAAAUAAUCAACGGUUGAAAAAGAGACAAGAAAAAAAACAAGAUAAUGAUGCAAAUAAGAUUAUUAAUGAUAAUUUUUUUGGCUCGGAUUAUGAUGAUGAGUAG